GUGAUAAACUUAUUAAAUAGAUUUGGUAGAAAGGUGAUUGACUAAUUUGUGGAGUGCAGAAGUUACAUUUCCCCUACCGAUGAAUCUAGCGGGUCUGCCUGGAGGUCCUGCUCCAGUGGGGGGUCAGUACAGCACCCUGUUGAAGAAGCCAAAUGCACACAGUGACAGUAUCUGGUCUGUGGCCUGGAAGAGACAGCCCCCCUCCUCAAAACAGUCAGUGGCCACUGACGUCAUAGUCACUGGGGGUGUUGAUGAUACAGUCAAGGUGUGGUACUGGAUGGGGGAGAAACUGGACGAGAGGUUCAAAUUGGAGGGACACCAGUUGGGGGUGAUCUCGGUGGACAUUGACGAGACAGGCACCAUGGCCGCCAGCAGCUCCCUGGACUCACACAUCAAACUGUGGGACCUGGAGUCAGGCAAACAACUCAAGGACAUUGACGCCGGCGCAAUUGAUGCUUGGUCAGUUAAAUUCACAACUGACAGCAAAUUUCUCAUCACGGGCAGUCACAAUAACCAAGUGAAUAUCUUUGAGUGCGAAUCGGGGCGGAAGACUACCAGCCUCACUACUUCUGGUAAAUUCAACCUCAGUCUAGCAGUCUCGACCAAAACGAAAUACGUUGCAACUGGUACUAUGAACGGAUAUGUGAACGUGUUCGACGUCGAAACAGGGAAAACUGUUGUCACAUUAGAAGCACAUACGAUGCCAAUUCGAGGAAUCUGUUUCUCGCCCGAUAACCAGCUGCUAGCUACAGCUUGCGACGACAAUACGAUAAAGAUAAUCGACGUUUCGGCUCCGACAACACCGGUAGCCACUCUUUCGGGACAUCAAAGUUGGGUACUAUCCGUUGAUUGGUCAGCCGACAAUACUCGACUCGUUUCGGGCUCGUCGGAUCGUUCAGUAAUGGUUUGGAACUCGGCGUCCAGGAAAUCGGAAGCAACUUUCGUGGAGCAUGGCGAUCAAGUUUGGGGUGUGAAAUUUAACCCACAAGGCAAUAAAAUUGUGUCUGUCUCUGAUGAUAAAGCUAUCCAUGUUUAUGAAGUGCCACCGCUUGGUUGAUGUUUUAUUUUAGUCUGUGCUGCUGAAACUAUUAGUGUUAAUUGGUUUACUCAAUACUGCUCUGUAAAUUGUCUGUAAAUAAGCAUCUUUUUUCAUUUCGAA